UUUCUAGGAGUAUUACUAGACCAGGAACUUCGUUGGAAACCCCAAGUGAACAACACCAUUGUGAAAGGAACGGCAUAUGUAUUCCAACUUUGGAGGCUUGGCACCACAACCAAAGGGAUCCCACUACAACUUAUGCAUCAACUAUACCAAGCAGUAGUGGUUCCCAAAAUGUUAUAUGCCACCGAUCUAGUUCAGAGUGACUCCAAAGAUGACUCUGAGCCAGAACCAGGUGCCUUGUCUGCUGUAGCAUGCAAACUAUCCACUGUUCAACAUAUCGCAGCACUAGCAAUGACAGGAGCCAUGAGAAGCACUGCUACAGACAUAGUAGAAGCUCACACUAACCUUCUCCCAAUCCCCUUG